GGAAAGCUUCCAUUGAAGAAUCUAAUUCAUCGAAUCCCAAUUUUAUACGGACUGAAGAGCAUGCUUUCUCUCAAGUCAAUUGCUGCGCGGCAAGGAAAGCUCUCACUGUUCUACAAUACUUCAGCUCUACGCUUUCAUUUUGAAUCCAGUGAAAUGGAUUCUAUAAAGCGAUGAAGAAAUUCCAGUUUUUUCUCUCUGAUUAUACCGCAUGUUUAGACUUUAUAGUACUAGUUCAUCCGGCUUCUUUCUUCCACCGGAGAUUUCCAGGCUCCGCGUGAUUCCCUCUCCAUCCGGUGAAAUCAUUUCAGCGGUUUUGAUUGAGGUAUGAUUUCCGGAAUAUUUGAAUUGAGCUUGUGCUGAUUUUGUAUUACAGGGAUUGGUAGCAUGAGUGAAGACCUCUCAUCAGAGCCUGGUAAGGCAAGGAAGCCUCAGAGCCAUAGGGGGCCAAGCUACAGUGAUCCUUUACAGAGUGAGCUCUGGACUGAUGGGCUCAUUUGUGCUUUUGAAUUUGUUCAAGGACGAAGUAGAACAGGUAGGGCAAGAUCUUAUUCCAAACCUCCAUCACACACUGGGGAUGAUAAUAAAUUUUCCAAAACACAAACCCCCACUCGUGUAAGACGCGAGUCUACCACUCCAUUUGAGUUGGGAAGUCAGGAGAAUGCCCCAGAGGAUGAUUUGGAUAGACCCGCCGGAAGCUUUUGGGUUCCUAUUGGUUGGGUUAGGAUUUCAGAGCUUGUCCAGAUGGUACAGGUGGAUGCUAGAUGGUCUGGCCAGCAGUUUGAUUUUAGCGGUGAUGAAAAUGACCUAACUGUUGCAGACGUAGCUAUUCCGUAUUGGGAACGACCGGCGGGACCCGUGUGGUGGUGUCACGUUGCUGCAGCUCAUCCUUUUGUCGAGUCGUGGCUUAGAAAUGCUGAAUGGCUGCACCCGGCAAUUAGCAUUGCUUUAAGGGACGAGAGUCGGCUGAUUAGUGACAGGAUGAAACACCUGCUUUACGAGGUUCCGGUCAGGGUGGCUGGAGGAUUAUUGUUUGAGCUGUUGGGGCAAUCUGCUGGCGAUCCAUAUAAGGAUGAAGAUGACAUUCCAAUUGUUCUUCGUUCUUUUCAAGUCCAGAACUUUCUAAUCACUUCUUUGCAUAUGAAAGGACCAGCCAAAAACAUGAAUGUUUUGGGAAUUACAGAAGUUCAGGAACUUCUUUUUGCUGGUGGUUAUAAUACCCCAAGGACCAUACACGAGAUAGUAGCACACUUAGCUUGCCGCUUAGCACGUUGGGAUGACAGAUUAUUUCGUAAAUCAAUAUUUGGUGCUGCUGAUGAAAUAGAGUUGAAGUUUGUUGUAAGGAGGAACCAAGAAGAUCUAAAUCUAUUUGGUAUAAUCCUUAACCAGGAAAUCAGGAGAUUAUCAAGACAGGUUAUCAGAGUUAAGUGGUCUCUCCAUGCAAGGGAGGAGAUAGUCUUUGAGCUGCUCCAACAUCUGAGGGGAAAUGCAACAAGAAGCCUGCUGGAAGGAAUAAAAAAGAGUACAAGGGAGAUGAUUGAAGAGCAAGAAGCUGUCCGUGAUCGCUUAUUCACUAUUCAGGAUGUCAUGCAGAGCAAUAUUCGUGCAUGGCUGCAGGAUAGAAGCCUAAGAGUCACCCAUAAUUUAGGAGUCUUUGGUGGGUGCGGUGUUGUCCUAACGAUCAUAACGGGGCUUUUUGGAAUCAACGUGGAUGGGAUUCCGGGUGCUCAGAACACGCCAUAUGCAUUUGGUCUGUUCACAGGAAUCCUUGUUCUCAUCGGCAUCAUGCUGAUCAUUGUCGGGUUGUUAUAUCUGGGGUUGAGAAAGCCCAUCAGUGAAGAGGAUGUUGAGGUCAGAAAACAGGAACUGCAAAAGCUAGUCAAGACAUUUCAAUGGGAAGCCGAAACUCAUGCCCAGGUUCGUCAACCUAUUUCUCGACAUAACUUGCCCCCAACUGCUGGUGAUGGGUUUGUUGGAAAUGCAGAUUUUCUUCUAAUCACCUAAAUGUAUAAAACCUCAAUGCAGAAAAGAAUUUUUACUCCUUAGUGAUGAAUGUACUUGGGCCAUCUCCCAGUACUCUAGAAAACUCAUAUAUUCUGCAUCAGGAUUUACAGUACUUGUUGACUUAUUUUGUACAUAUGGUUUUAACACAUUUACAAGUUAAAAAUACUUAUUUCGCAUAUUUAUUUCUUUGCAUACAAUUAGAACAUGUACACUAUGGAAUAGACGCAUGCACUAUGUUCAUUUUGUUGCUAAAAGAAUGUUUCAUUUUGUUUCUAAUAACACUUCUAAUUCAUU